UCUUGAAGGCUUUAAUCUGAAACAAGAAAAAAACACAACUCUUUCAAAUUGGAGAAGCUAGGUUAACUUUGCGGUGUGGUCGCGGUGGUGGACUUUAGAGGAGGAGGAAUAGAUAAAUCUGAAAGGGGAAGUUGAAAGCGCAAUGGCGAGGCGAGAGCUUUCGAGCACGUUGAAGAACUUGAAGUUCAUGCAAAGGGCGGCUGUGAGGGAGGAGAAAACCAAGAGAGAAGAAGAUAUCAAACCGGAUGUCAGUAUUAUUACUACUCCUACAACAGUGACUAGAAAGUGUGUUGUUAUAAUGGAAGGUGAUCCUCAUCCUGGAGCACUUAAAGGUCGAAUGUCAUUUCAAAGUUUUAAUCCUUCUGUUGAUAAAUUAAAUGAGGAAGAAGCAAGAUUACGUCAGCCAGCAGCUGAAACUACUGUUUCUAGAAAUCAAAAUGCAAGCGUCUCUGUCAGAGAAAAUAAUUUUUCAGUUGAAAGUCCAGAAAGUGUCAACGUUAACAAAAAGAACGUGGAGGUUAACGGCAAUGUUAAAAGGAAACAAUCUGAAGUAGUUAGUGAAGCACAAUAUCCUAACAAAUCACCAAAGAGUGAUCAUGAUGAUAAGAAAUCAUUGCCAAGCUCUAGUUUGGGCACUUUUAAAAAACCUGGUGGAGAUAAGCUGGACUGGAAUGUUCUUAGACCAUCAAGUGUCAAUCAAAGUAGAUGAGUGUUGUCGAUUAUUUGAUAGCAUACAAAUUAUGCUAGGUUUGGUUAUGUUUCUGGCUUGGGCAUUUAACAAUUUCUUUUUAAGAUUAAGGAUUUAACCUGCCCAUAUAGAUGGAAUACUUUUAGAUGAAGGGACAAAUCGUGGGUGUUUUUUUUUGUAUUAUUGUAAUUUAUGAAACAAAUAGUCCGUUGGAAAUGAGCUUUUAGCUAUUAAAUAUGUUGUGACAUUAAAAUGUAAGUGGUUACAAGUGAAUUUAUUAUUUCAUUUUUUCUGAAA